AGGGCGAAAGAAAAAAUCAAGAAAAGAUCAACACGAGAGAAAGCCAGGAGGGUUCUCUUCCUGCUUCCUCCUCUCAUUUAUCUUCGCCCGCUUUAAUUAAUUUCCCUAAUAAUAAUUCCGCUCCUUCCGAUUCGGAUUCGGGAGAGAGAGAGAGAGAAUAGAGAGAGAGCGAUCGGUGGUGGGAAUCGAAGCCAGCGAGGAGAGAAGAGGCGAUCCACCUCCUUUCCUAGUUCCUACUCCUCUCCAUCGUCAAGCUUCUCCGCCUCGAUCCGGCCAACGCGAGCUUCUCCGAGGGAUUAGGAGUCUCCGGCGACGGCGGUCGGGCUGAAUUAAAACACCCUCAUCGAGUGCGGACGGCGAUGCCUACCGCGCCAAGGACGAUACCUGACGGUUGGACCGAGUCGUAGGUCGCGGCGCUGCCGUAUCUCCGCCGUUAUGGAGAUCGAUCCCUCGAUGGUGACGGACAAGGACCGCGAUCCGGCGGCGGGAACCCGCCAAGACCUCGAGAAUGGGACCGCCUCGCCUCCGCUUCCGACGGAGGAGGCGGGGCAGCCGCAGCCGGUCGUGGUGGGGCCGAGGCCCGCGCCGAGGUACUCGGUGGUGAAUGCGAUCAUAGAGAUGGAGGAGGACGGGCCGACGUCCAGGUGCGGUCACACGCUUACGGCUGUAGCUGGUGUCGGGGAGGAGGGAACACCUGGGUACAUAGGGCCGCGGCUUAUUCUCUUUGGAGGUGCAACUGCGCUCGAGGGCAAUUCAACGGCCCCACCAUCUCCGGCAGCAAAUGCUGGCAUUCGCCUUGCAGGUGCAACGGCUGAUGUUCAUUGUUAUGAUGUGAUAACUAACAAAUGGACAAGGCUGACACCUCUUGGAGAACCCCCUUCACCUAGGGCUGCACACGUUGCAACUUCUGUGGGUACUAUGGUGGUAAUCCAGGGUGGGAUUGGUCCUAAUGGUUUGUCAGCAGAGGAUCUUCAUGUUCUGGACUUGACUCAGCAGCGGCCACGGUGGCAUAGGGUUGUUGUUCAAGGACCUGGUCCAGGACCACGCUAUGGUCAUGUGAUGGCUCUAGUUGGGCAGAGAUUUCUAUUGACAAUUGGUGGAAAUGAUGGGAAACACCCUUUAGCUGAUGUUUGGGCCCUAGAUACUGCUGCCAAACCCUAUGAAUGGAGGAAGUUGGAACCCGAAGGUGAAGGUCCACCCCCAUGCAUGUGAGUAAACUAAUUGGGACUUUAAACCAAGUAACCAACUUCUAAUUGAGUGACAACUU